AAGCAAAAUAAUCCUGGCAUGUGAUUUUAUAGUCCUGUUUGGACUUAUAUGGCUACUAUAAUGGUUUCAGAAUAUGCCACCGCACUUAUAUCAGCAUAUAUUAAUCUUGUUUUUACUCAAGUACGCUUACUCUUACAAUUUGGACUUAUAUCGGUAUAUAGGAUCACAAUUCAUGGCUACUACUGGACUUAACCUCCUAUAAGAGCAUGUAUUAAGAUUAAUUACUCUCAAGAGGAACUACUCCGACAACCCAGACUUAUAUGCGCAUAUAGGAUAUCGCUUUAAGCGCAUUUUAAUCUCCAGGCUCCUAUAUGAGCAUAUUCGAGGAAAAUAUGCACUGAGGAACAAUCACUCUUUUUAGUCUUACUUAUAGUCUCAUAUAAGCAUUUUUUCUGUGACCAAUAUAAGUCAAUUCAAUUUAGACUACUAAAGAGCACUUAGGUUUAAAGUUUGUAAUUCAUAUUAACAUCAAAUGGAUUUUAUUCCAUAGAAAAGAUAUAAUCGAAUAAAUCUAAAAAACCCUCGUCGGAAAUCUUUAAAGGCUACUUUUGAUCGAAAUAACCUAUAUAAGCAAAAGCGAGCUUAUGACGGUUUCACAAAUCCGGAAAAACUUAUAUCACGACUCUGUAGGCAAAAACACACUUUAUAUGGGUUUAUCAUAUGCCGAUAUAAGCCAAGGUCGAUUUACAGAGGCAUUCCACAGUAGCAUUAUAAUCUAAAAAAUCCAGAAUAAUCCUGGUUAGAACCCUAAUAAGGCCAAUUUUGCUUUAAAUCACCAAUAUAAGAAAAAAUGAGCUUUAAACGGUUUUACGAAUCCAGAAAAGCUUAUAUCAGGACUCGUUAGGCAAAAAUGCACUUAAUAGGGGUUUGUCAUAUGCCGAUAUAAGCCUGGGUAGAUUUAAAUGGGUAUUUCAUAGUAGUGCUAUCGUCUUAGAAACCUUAAAUCAAUCCUGGCUAGAACUCUUCAAAUGCCACUUUUUCUGGAAACAACCGAUAUAGUCGAAAACACGAUUUGAAUGGUUUUCCAAAUCUUACUGUAGGAUUUGUGGCCAGCCAUUAUUGAUCACUCAUAAUUCACGAUUUGUUCUUUGUUGUUCUGAAUGAUAUAAAAAUGGAUUUAGAUCAGUGGAAGCGGUUUAAAAAGAGUGGUUCUUAUAAACGAAAGGUUAAGAAAACCUACCAGGAAAUGUUAACCGGAGUGAGCACUGACUUUUUAAAUUUAUCGGGUAAAGACUGCAUCGCAAAUUCAGGUGAGGGUUCCGGACAAAAUAACUUUAGUAGUACUUCGGAUGGAAGGGGUUCGGACUAUGAAAGCAAUAAUGAAAAAUCAUCAAGCGAUUAUGAAAGCGAUGAAAAGGAGGAAAUUCUUUCUGAUUACAACAAAAAUUUCGAAUUGCGUUAUUCUAUGAAAAACUGGGCUUUAAAUUACAAUAUUUCUCAUGCUGCUUUGAACUCUUUACUUCAAAUUGUAAAUAUCAGAUUAAACGACGUUUUACCUCGAGAUGCGCGAACACUUCUAGGCACAAACAGAGAAAACCUACAAAUUACCAUUUCAGCCCCAGGACACUACUGGCACAAUGGCCUGAUCAAAUGUUUGAAAAGAAUUUUCGAAAAUGUUUCGUGUCUACCAAAUGAAAUUUCUCUAAACAUAAAUAUUGAUGGACUACCAGUUUUCAAUAGUUCGCGAUACCAAUUUUGGCCCAUAUUGUGUACCGUCUUCGAGAUACCAAAUUUGGCUCCGUUUGUUGUUGGUAUCUAUGCCGGAGAUGGAAAACCAUCGGACCUAGACUCAUUUUUGAAGCCUUUCGUGACAGAAAUGAAGCAACUUGAAGAAGGAUUAAUACUUAACGCUGCUCAUGACUCAAACGAAGAAAAAAUUAUCCACGUAAAACUGAGAGCUUUUAUCUGUGAUUCACCAGCUAGAGCAAUGAUAAAAGGUGUUUCAAAUUUCAACAGCAAACAUGGCUGUCUAAAAUGUACAGUCGUCGGAGAAUAUUCCCAUAAAUCGAAUACUGUGACAUUUAUUGAGUGUCACAGUUCUAAAAGAAACAACGGUGACUUUCGUGCGAAGAAGUAUGGACAACAUCACAAGAAAGACUCACCGCUACUUAGCUUAAACAUCGACAUGAUUGAAGAUUUUCCAGUAUCGGACUCGCUGCACUUGAUAGAUCUUGGGUUGAUGAAGAGGCUUCUGAUAGGUUGGAGGGAUGGAAAUUUCGGGAAAUAUUUAACAAAAUGGAAUGCGCAAAAUAUUGAGAAGGUUAACAGCUUUUUAAAAAGUUGUAUUAUGCCUAAAGAGAUACACCGGUCAGUAAGAACCGUCGAUGUUUUAGCUCACUGGAAAGGGUCUGAGUACCGUUGUUUUUUUUACUAUCUCAGUUUUAUAAUACUUCAAGAAGUCCAAAGAGCGGAACCUUAUAAUCAUUUCAUGCAUUUAUUUUGUGCAAUCACUAUUUGCUCCAAUGAUAGUUAUUUCCAUUUACUUCGUAUCGCUGAGGAAAUGUUAAAACACUUUGUUGAACAAUUCAAAACCAUUUAUGGGAAAGACUAUAUAACAAGCAACAUACAUAAUCUCUUACAUUUGGUUGAUGAAGUAAAAAAAUUUGGGAUUCUCCAAAAUUUCAAUGCAUAUUGCUUUGAAAAUAAACUUUACUCCAUAAAAAAAAAUGGUAAGGCAAGGAAAUAAAGCACUUCAACAAGUCGCAAACAGAAUUAAUGAAAUGUCGUUAAUGGAUAUAGAAAAGCUAAAUGAAAACAAGAAAUAUCCGGCACUAAAGAAAGGAAAAUGCAGAAAAUCUGGCUUAAUAUUAGAAUUAGGGACGUUUAUAUUGUCAGCAAAGAAACAAGAUAAAUGGUUUCUAACUAAAUCAAACCACGUGGUGGAGUUUGUAUCGGUUAAUUUUAAAAAUAAUGGGAAUCAAGAGCAGGAAAUAGAAAUACAUGGCUAUCAUAUAAUAAACACCCAAAAUGCCUUUGAAGAACCCUUAAGCUCAUCGUUUUUCAACAUUUGUAAAUGUGAUUGCAGAGAAAUGAUUAAAAUAAAAACUGUGUAUAAAGUUGCAGACAUAAAGUGUAAGUUUGUAAGUGUGUUAUUCAAUAAUUUUAUAUAUUUAGUGCCAUUACUUCAUACUCUGUAGUUUAUGGUUUUAAUAAAUAAGACAAAUUUACAAAAAUUUAA